AUGGAAAACGAUAAAGGUCAAUUAGUUGAAUUAUAUGUUCCAAGAAAGUGUUCUGCCACUAACACCAUUAUCAAGUCUAAGGACCACGCUUCUGUCCAAAUCAACAUCGCCAAGGUUGAUGAAGAAGGUAGAGCUAUUCCAGGUGAAUACAUCACAUAUGCUUUAUCUGGUGAUGUCAGAGCUAGAGGUGAAGCUGACGAUGCUUUGAACCGUUUGGCUCAAAACGAUGGUUUGAUGAAGAACGUUUGGUCUUACUCUCGUUAA